GGGUGUCUGUUUUUCCCUCACUGACCCUGUAGCUGGAGUGGCCCCCCAAACGGUGGCAGAGUAAUUCCCACAAAGGAGUGGUCCUAAAUUUCCCAAGAUAGGGUUGGUUGGGAUCUGUAAGAAAGAAGCACUAACUGCCAGGGUGAUGGGUCCACAGCAUUUAUUAGGAAACUGGUUAUAGAGGGCUGCAGUUUAUCUUCACAAGGGGCAGCAAGAGGUGGGGAUAGGACUGGGGCUAUAGCUCAGUGGCAGAGUGCUUGCCUAGCACGUGAGAGACCGGGUUCCGUCAGCACCGCAUAAAAAAAGUAAAGGCAUGCUGUCCUUCAACUACAAAAAGUCGAGGCAGGAUGUCUGCAACAGAGGGCACGCAGUGUUAGGGGAACUGCUUCAACCUGAGCCGCUUCCUUCAGGGUUUAGGCAACACCCUCAACACUGACGGAACAUUGCGCCUGGGGUCCGUUCGGUCAGGGGCGCCCCCACGCACCGUGGGCGGGCUUGGGCGCAGACACUGCCGCCACUGGAGCUCUGGGACGCUCUGGGUCCUAGUGUAGUGUACACAGUGGCUUUCUUGAUGACGGCUGUUGCACAGGCACUGAGUUCGGGUCCGUCCAGCCUCUACACAGGGCGCUCCGGGCCCGGAGGCCGUGAAGGCAGUGCGCAGGCGCGUGAGGCGAGAGGGCGAGAAAAUUCGCAAGCAAGCGGAGCGGGAUUGAGGCUGUGCGGAACUCAGGCUCAGUGAACGACGCAGUGGGCAGGCGCGCGUGGCCGAGUGGGCGUGGCGAUUCUGCAAACUGGGACGAGAUUCGUGGUAGGGCGAAGUGGAGGCGGCCCGGUGAUGCAUUGCGCAGGCGCAUGCGGCGGCCGGGGCGUGACGUCACGGCGCGCGUCGGGAUCGGCGGAGUAGUCCGGUCUGGUGUUCCUCGCUCGCUGGUGGCCUUGUGGUUGCCCCGCCGCCAGUCACCAUGUUCGGCUCCAGCCGUGGCGGCGUACGCGGCGGACAGGACCAGUUCAACUGGGAGGACGUGAAGACCGACAAGCAGAGGGAGAACUACUUGGGCAACUCACUGAUGGCACCCGUGGGCCGCUGGCAGAAGGGCCGCGACCUCACCUGGUACGCCAAGGAUCGUGCACCGCGCGAGGGACCGAGCCGUGAGGAGGAGCUGGCGGCCGUGCGGGAGGCGGAGCGCGAGGCGCUCCUCGCCGCCCUUGGCUACAAGAACGUGAGGAAACAGCCCACAGGCCUGAGCAAGGAGGACUUUGUGGAGAUCUGCAAGCGGGAGGGAGGCGACCCCGAGGAGAAGGGUGUGGACCGGCUGCUGGGGCUGGGCAGCGCCAGUGGUUCCGCCGGCCGCGUGGCACUGUCCCGGGAGGACAAGGAGGCUGCCAAGCUGGGGCUGUCGGUGUUCACGCAUCACCGCGUGGACAGCAGCAGCCCGGGCACCUGUCCAGCUUCCAGGAGGAGGCCGCGCACCGAGGAGGAGGCUGAGCCGAGCACUGAGAGCCACAAGAAAAGCAAGAAGGAGAAGAAGAAAAAGAAAAAGAAAAAACAUAAGAAACAGAAGAUGAAGAAAGACAAGGAGUCCAAGAAAGAGGCUGAUGCCUCUUCCUCAUCCCCUUCUCCUGUUCGAUCUGGGCGCCAGAGGCAUGAUUCCGACUCCUCUUCCCCUUGCUGCAAGAGGAGGAAGCGGGGACAUAGCAGGGACAGUGGAAGGAGCCCAUCCUACAGACGUCAGGACCGAGGCUCUGAUGCUUGAGACUGCAGCUGGGUCAAUGGAGGCCAGAGCCUUGGACCCUGCCCACCACUGUACCUUGUGGGGCAUGAGAGGACGACUGGACCCUAUGUGUUCUGGGUGCCAGCUUGCUCCUCCCACCCUGUUGGCCCUUUGGACCACCCAGGGAAAGGCCUCCUGUCUGGGUUGAAGCAAAGGCUGUGUACUGUGCCUGCCGGGCCAUGUGAGCUGGCUGGCCAACUCAAGAGGAACCUGCUUUGGGGAGACCCUCCAGAUUCCUGUGAAGGGAGUCCAUAGAACCCAACAGGUUCCGAGACAACCAUCCCUGGUCUUGCCUGCUGCCAGACAAGAUCUGCACCUGCCUAAGAGCCUCUUGCAGAGACUAGACUCCUGUGUAGCCAUCCAGGCCCAUCAGAGGCUUAGUUAAAACCAUGUGUGGUUAUCUCUAUUCCUUUUUGUAUGGACUCACUCUUUGUAUUUUAAUAAAUACCUUAAAACACGA